AUGGACCAUAUGAUGCCAAUGAAGUGGGCUAAGAAGUGGCCCCAUCUAAAUGACGUUCCGCUCAAAAGACUGCCAGCUAAAUACAACCAAGUCGAGUUGAUCAUAGGUCUCAAGUCCUCCCUAGGCCGCUGUAUCUAUGACCAACGACAUGGCGAGGAGAAUGAACCUUCUGCCCACCUCACAAGGUUUGGCUGGGUCACCUUUGGACCAACCGGGUUCCAGUUAGGGGAGCAGUCCUGGCCAUUACAUCAUAUCCAGCUUCAUGAGUAUGAAGCUCCUGAUCCCAGUAGUAUAACGAACUGCCUGCAGUCACACUUCAACAAGGACUUCUGGGAAACAGAGAUUCAUUCCCACCAGGAAGCGUCAGUAGAAGACAAACUCUUCCUAGACAAGGUAUCUAAGUCUAUACAACGGAUAGAGGGUAAGUACUGCCUGAAUCUGCCCUUUCAUAACAAAACCCCUUUGCCCCACGACCGUGAGUAUGUUGUGCAUAGGAUGAAGGUCCUUCAGCGCAAAUUUGAGAAGAAUAACGAAUACAAAGCAGCCUACGUAGAGCAAAUGCAGAUCUUGGACAAGGGCUAUGCAGAACUAGUGCCACUAUCUGCCUUGGCUUGCAAUGACAGGCGUGUAUGGUACAUACCUCAUUACUCAGUAAUUCAUACUACUAAACUCAAACUAAGAGUGGUGUAUGACUUGAAGGCAAAGUUCAGCAACAUUUCUCUGAAUGACCUACUGCUUCAAGGCCAUGAUCUCAAAAACACAGUCAUAGGUGUUCUCCUCAGGUUCCGGCAGGGCCAGUAUGCUGUCACGGCAGAUAUACAGGAGAUGUUGUUCCAACUACUGGUCCCAGAAGGAGACCGCGACAUCCUAAGAAUCCUCUGGUGGCCCGGCAGUGACACCAAUCAGCCUCUGUCCGAGUACCGCAUGAGAGGACAUGUGUUCGGCGCCCGAUCUUCCCCUAGCUACGUCAACUACGCCUUGAGAAGGAUUGCAGAGGACCAUGGAUUAGGUUUCAAUGACGAAGCUUCUGAAGCAAUCUGUUGUAACUUCUAUGUUGAUAACCUUCCCAAAGCAUUCAAUGACAAAGACCUUUCUAUGCGGACUGCGAAGGACCUUAUAGCCUUGUGUAAUGCGGGUGGUUGGAGGCUUAACCAGUGGUCUUGGAACUGUAAGGAAGUCCUCUCUACCAUUCCUGAGUCUGAACGAGACAUCUCUGUGGCAACACUCGACCUUAGCAAAUAUGAGCUGCCAACAGAGAGGGCUUUGGGCGUCCACUGGUCGAUGGAAGAAUAUUCCUUCACUUUCAAGGUGUGCCUGAAGGACAUGCCACUAACUCAAAGAGGUGCCUUGUCAAUGGUGAUGUCUAUCUACGACCCUAUGAGCAUGGUGGUGGUGGCUACCCUGCCAUUAAAGCUCAUAAUCCAGUAG